AUGCCCGACCCUGGGCUCAACAACGUCCAAAUUCGUGCCGAGUCUGAAGAUACGGAAGCAUCGGAGCCUCCACCGAAACGGAGGAGGACCGAGUCACUGCUGGAUGACGAACUGUUGUCUACAGUGGUUACGCAAGCCAAGUUAUCGCCCGGCAAGAAGAAGCAGACUACGGGUGGUGCUGUGCUUGACGGCAAAGUCGGGCACGCACCUCUUACAAGGGAUAUCCGCGAGAGUUCUAUCGAUUCGUUGCUGUCUCCCUCGCCUUCUCCUGAACCACGUCGACUGCCGCGUGCUCCGAGUCUUCCACCUGGUGAGGAUCUAUGUCAGGACGACGAAGACCUCUACUUCGCAAGACUUGUUCUUUCUGGCGACAAGGAAGCCCUACCUGCCUUGAAACCACCGGAUCCUGACCCAUCUGAACCACCGCCAUUCCGUGUACAUGUUAGCGGCUCCGCUCGUACCGAAGGCUAUUACAAGAUAUCUCACGCGGAGAAGUCGGCCUACGUUGCGCAGUAUGCCGCUCGAUCUGAGACGACUGGUGCAGCCGAGCAGGAAGAGCGUAAUCAGCAAGAGCACGUUGUAUCGUCUCGAUCUAAUCGUGCAAACGCUCGUCGGCGUGCGCAGGGCCUUGAGGAGAUGAACGAACUCCAACGGGCCAUCGCUUUGUCAAAAGGGGAGUCCGCUGCGGCCGAUGUCACGGUCAAGUUCAAUCAGCUGCAGUCUCGCAAAAAGCAGCUUCGUUUCGCGCGGUCUCAUAUCCACGACUGGGGUCUGUUCGCUAUGGAAAGGAUCUCCAAAGGGGACAUGGUCAUCGAAUACGUCGGAGAGAUCAUUCGGGCCCAAGUCGCGGACAAGCGAGAGAAAGCGUAUGAACGUCAAGGCAUUGGCAGCAGUUAUCUCUUCCGGAUUGACGAGGACUUGGUGGUGGACGCGACGAAGAAGGGCAAUCUUGGGCGUCUCAUUAAUCACUCGUGUGAUCCCAAUUGUAACGCCAGGAUUAUUACUAUCAAUGGAGAGAAGAAGAUAGUAAUUUAUGCCAAGCAGGAUAUUGAGCUUGGGGACGAGAUUACUUAUGAUUAUCAUUUCCCUAUCGAGCAGGAUAAAAUCCCCUGCUUGUGUGGCUCGGCCAAAUGUCGAGGUUAUCUCAACUAG